GCAGGCAAAUUGCUAUUUUUUUUCUCUCCCGAUGUCUUUAUUCCUCAAUUUCUGUUAUUUUUGCUCAGCUCUUUCCACAAAGAUGCAGAGAAUACCCACGAGACCCAUAAACAAUCAUCCCUUUAAAAAUAAUAAUUUUAAAGCAGAGUUCUGCAAUCAAAAUCUAUUUGUGUGCAUGCAUGCUCUGCAGCCAGCCACACUCGGCUCAAUAAGACUUACUUUCAGAUAUUAGACAGAAUUUUCUCUUCAAAGAACCAACUUCUUAUCAUCGGCAGCUUUUUACUUCCUGACCAAAAAGAGGCUGAAACACUUCUCCGUUUGUGAUCCCAGAGAAGAUGGCUGAGAAACAGAUUAGUUUGCCUGCUAAACUCAUCAAUGGAGGGGCUGCGGGGAUCAUUGGAGUUACCUGUGUAUUUCCAAUUGACCUGGUUAAAACAAGGCUACAGAAUCAGAGGAGUGGACAGCAAGUGUACAAAAACAUGUUGGAUUGUCUAGUCAAAACCCUACGUUCAGAAGGCUGUUUCGGCAUGUACAGAGGAGCAGCUGUGAAUCUUACCCUUGUAACACCGGAGAAGGCUAUCAAACUAGCAGCUAAUGACUAUUUUAGGCACCUUCUUACCAAGGAAGGGACUGCCCUGUCUUUGUCAAAGGAGAUGAUGGCAGGCUGCGGUGCUGGGAUUUGCCAGGUUAUUGUCACCACACCAAUGGAGAUGCUAAAAAUCCAGCUGCAAGAUGCAGGGAGGCUAGCAUCUCCACAGCUGAAGAGCAAAAUUGUGUGUUCACCUUCUGGAUGCAAGCUUGUAGCUGUCACCCCUGUUCUAACUAGAGCAUACAAUGUGGGGCCUCAGACCUUUCCAGAGAGAGUAUCUGCCACCAAGAUAGCCGCUGAGCUUCUGCAUACCCAGGGCAUUAGGGGGCUUUACAAAGGUCUUGGAGCUACGUUGCUGAGGGAUGUUCCUUUCUCCAUUAUCUACUUCCCGCUAUUCGCCCAUUUGAAUAGAGCAGAACAGGAUUUCACAGAGGAGAGAGCCUCUUUCUUUCGUUCUUUUCUUGCUGGUUGCAUCGCUGGCUCAGUGGCAGCUGUGUCUGUCAGUCCUUGUGAUGUAAUAAAGACACGACUUCAGUCAAUGGGCAAGGGAAGAAACGAGAACUAUAAUGGAAUCACUGAUUGUGCAAGGCAGGUUUGGUUACAGGAGGGUCCCUCCGCCUUUUUGAAGGGGGCUGGCUGCAGAGCACUAGUGGUUGCACCGCUCUUUGGCAUAGCCCAAGGUGUUUACUUUAUUGGACUUGGAGAAUUUCUUAUAGAACUAUGGCAGUACGGAAGACUUUCCCCAUAGAUUUUCGUCUCGUUCACCGGACGUCCUGAAACAGAUCUACAAGAAUCACCAGUCAAGAUACAAGAAUACAAUGGCAGCUCAUUUGACUUACUGUUGUUUCUUGGAAGAACUUGAACUAAAGCCAGGACCACUAUGCCCCUUUCAUUGUUACCAGACUAUGUGCUUAGGCUAGUCAGUUUUCCAUUGGUGGCAUAUAUGUUCUUCUUUGUGACUUUCAUACUCAAAAGUUGUGACACUAGAGUGGUAGAACAAAUAUUUGUAAGUGUAAAAGAGAGAAGUGUCUUCUAGAUUUGGAAAUUGAGAGACUGAAGCCUCUGAGAAUGAAAUGGCAGUGGCUCAGUUUAUUUUAUUUUAUUUCAUUUUGUUUCAUUUUAUUUCUGAGUGGAGCAAGACAAGAUGUGCUAACCAAAUAUUGGUGGGGCCAAAUCUUUUGUAAUCGUUGGAAAACAAAUUUGGCAGUUGUACUUGGGUUUCUCAGAUGCUGGUGAUCCACUGCUCUUGCAGUAUUUUCAGCUAGAAUAAAGUGACAUUCAAGUACAAUCUUUUGUACCGUUAUCUCACUUACUGAAAGUAAAUUGGGGAACAAAGAUGUGUGACUUUUUCUACACCUGUAUUUAUGACUUUUCGUAGAAUAAAAAAAUUGGUUCCUGUGGUAACUGUUCAAAUAGAAAACAGCAUAAGAGAACUCAAACAUUGUGUGCAACAUAAAUUCGGUAACCAUACUUGCAUUUUGCACAGAGAAAGUUAUUUGAUAGUUACCUACACAAAGGUUCUUAAAAAUGGUGUGCAGGACCUAUGUUGGAAGCUAAGGAAUGUGUCUGAUUAUUAAUAAUAUACAGUAUAUUCUUGAACCAUACUGCUAUGCAGUUGUGUGUGUGUGGUGUUUAGCAAGCUGUUCUACUGAAACUAAAUUACUUUUAUUGUUCAUAAUGAACUAGAGAAUUUCUGUACCCAGUAAUCUCAUCUGAGAGACUGUCAUCCAAGAAGCGUAUGGGCUUGACCUUUAUUAAGAAACUAUAUGUCACUCUCUAAAUGUACCAGUAAUUCAUAUAUGCAGUUCGGGAGUUAUCCCUGGCAGAAUAAAAAAGUUUUGACUAGUAUAA